AGGAUAAUGUGUUGGAAUGCGACAGUGUUUAAAGACUUUUCACAGAUCAGAUAGUUUCUGAGCAACACUGACGGUGUCGUGUGCAAUAAAUAUGGGAUGUGGGAGCUCCAAAAUCACGGUGGUCGAACCCGUAAAACCGUGCAGCGGAAAUGAGAACGAAAUUCAUGAUUUGUCCGUGGCUCUGGGGGGCCCGCGUGGGGACUCCGCGGUGUCCAAAACCACCACAGACAGCGGGGUCGGUUUUGAUGCCGGAGAGCCAUCAGCUCUGCCAGGAUCUGUACCUAGACUACUACCACCCCUGCGAGCCCAGAGUCCUGCAUUAGCCCAGCAGAGCCAUGAGAGACCCAAGUCCAGCACCAUCCUGGAGGAACUGCUUACUCAGGGAAUCAUUCCAGCUCAACCGAAACAGGGGACCAGUGGAGAGGCUUACAACAUUCUGAUGGAUGACGUUGAUAAGCCAAGGAGCAGACCACCCGCAAGGCUGGAGUCGCUUAAAACCCAAAAAGAGCAAGCGGUCAUGGGAAAAGAAGACAUUGAGAUCAAGAUGAGCCAGGUUGAGAAAAGAAGAAAGGAAAGAGAGGAAGACCUAAAACUUAGGUUGAGGACUAAAUCCGCACGGCCUCGUGUUUUUGCAGAGGAACAAAACCAUUUAGAACCGGUCCAUUCUGAGCAGCUUUCUGUCACAACCCGAAACAAAGAGCUACAGACACCAAUGGAUAAUAAGUCUGAGGACCAAAGACUUGCUGACUCCCCAGAAGUGGAAAAUGACUCCACCUUUCAAAAAAUUGGAAGCAUAGAUGACUUUGGCUUUUAGACCUGCUCCAUUCCUUUUGGUUUAUUCCAGACUAGAGCAGACUAAAUUGCCACGAUUCAUACAGAAGGAGUUUAAUCUAGGAGUGUUCCUACAUGUUCAUUCUUAGAGUUGCACAUGCACUUUACAGGUCAUUAUUAAUCUCGAUUUAGCAGAGGGUAUAUUGGUCAGAUAUGACUCUGAUCUCAGUUUUUACACUGUAAAUUUGUUUUUGAGCCAAUGUGAACAAAUGAGGCAACCUGAUGCAGUAUAUUAUUGAAUUAUUCAAAGUAAUGACUUUGUUUAGCCAACUGUCUCAUUUUUCUAAUAAAGAUAUUAUUAGUUGUAAA